UUCUUUUAACAAAUUCAUAAUUAAUUUUUAAAACCAUCAAAAUAAAGAAUAUGAGUGAAUCGACCAAAAACGUCAUCGAGGACACCAAAGAUCAGGAGAAAAUGUGCCAUUGUGACGCGGACUUGACUGUUGAGGCCUUAACCGCCAAGUACGACCUCCCUUUAAUCAAUCGCGAAAUGAUUUGGCCAGCUAAAUAUUAUUGGGAAAAUAUGGCCUUGGCCUAUUUCCAAAUGUACAAUUCAGCGAUGAAUUAUGAGAACUGCAUGGGUCUAGGUGGUGACCAGUUGCCACCACUGAACCACAUGGCAACAAGCUAUAACACUGAAGAACAGCAUUCAAACGAAGGAACUAAAAAGAAGAGAAAGUUCUCGAAUACUCUCGAUUAUGACAACUCUGAGUAUACAGAAAGAAGAUCGAAGAAGGCAAAAUCUGAUGUCCGUUUGAAGACCCAGGAAAGAAGACUAAAGGAGCAGAAUUUAGAAUAUGAGUCCAGAGAGACUUAUAACCAAAAGACAAAGAGGACCAGUAGAGUCCUUGUCUGUCUUCAUGAUGGGUGUGGAAAGGAGUUCAAGAAGACAAGGAACCUUAUUAUCCACUCUAGAGUUCACACCAAGAUUAGGCCCCAUAUCUGCCAGUAUUGCAGCAAAGGGUUUACCCAACAAUGUAACUUGAAGAAGCACAUUGAGUUGCACUUGAACGGAACCUUUAAGAACUCAGAAGUAGUUGCUUAAACUAUAACAUAUUGCAUGAAGGACUUCUAAAGGUGUAUUGGAUUCAUUCUGGUGAAAAAUCUAGAAUGAAUAACUUCAUGAUUUCUGAUAGAUGUCAGGAUCUCUAUAGAAUAAGAAUCACCAUUGGAAGUCCAAACAAAUUUAUAAGAUAGUCUUAUUUAAUAAUAUUCCUCACAUUCUGGGUUGUACUAUUAGUUAAACACAGUUUCA